AUGCCUGAGCUAAUUGUUCUACAGACACACGUUGACUACAAUUCAUUCCAGCAGUCACCAGAACAGCAGUUUCCAAUGGUUCGGAUCUUUGGAAAGACGGUGGAAGGCGUAUCAGUCCAGAUAACAGUCGAUGAUUUCUCACCGUACUUCUACGUUCAGCCAGACCAGGAUUUGGACAUAAACGAACUAGAAGACUUUCUAAAGAGCAAUUUCACGAAAGGAAGAUGCAUUGGAAUUCAAAAGGAGUUGAAACAGAACAUCUACGGCUAUUCCGUGGAGAAGACAGUCUUUUACAAGAUCCAUUUCAACUUGCCAAAUGUUUUCAAGGCAGCAAAAGAAUUCUUUGAAAAGGGCCUGAAUUUCGGCAACAAAUUCGUGAAAUUCAGGGUCUUUGAAUCGCAAUUUCCCUUUGUUUUGAGAUUCAUGCACGAUCUAAACAUCACCGGAAUGAGUUACAUCAAAAUCAAGGCGUAUAAAGAAAACAAGUCGACCAAGAAGAACAAGACGCUUUCAAUCACGACCUCUCACACGCUCAUCGAGGCCCUUCCUCUCCAAGGCAACUGGAUCAAGGUGAUUCCACUCAAAAUAGUGAGCUUUGACAUUGAGUGCUGUGGUGAGACUGAUUCAUUUCCCAAUUCACUGGUUGAUCCUGUGAUUCAGAUUGGAAACAGCCUGCAAAUGACGACAGGUGGAGAAAUCCAAAAUGACAUUUUCUGCCUGAAGGAAGUUGGAGAAAUCCCAGGCGCAAAUGUGCACUGGUUUGAGACAGAGGCGGAGCUGCUGAUGGCCUGGUCCGGAUACAUCCGGAAGACAGACCCGGACAUUCUGCUUGGCUACAACAUCAAGAACUUUGAUUUCCAGUAUCUGCUUGAGCGAGCUGAUCAGCUGAAUCUGAAGGAGUUUGGCCUCCUGGGCCGAACUGAAAAGGCAACCAAAAUCAGCAAAAAGACGCAGAGCUCCUCCUCGUUUGGCUCCAUCGAAACCUAUGACGUCACAGUCGAAGGCCGCCUCAUUUUCGAUCUCUUUCUCAUUUUGAAGAGGGAGCAUAAACUGAGGAGCUACUCGCUGAAUGCGGUCUCAGUGCACUUCCUGGGGGAGCAGAAGGAGGAUGUUCCGUACUCCUCGAUGCACAAGCUGCAGCGAGAGAGCAAGGAGACGCGUAGGCGAAUUGCCACGUACUGCCUGAAGGACACGCUUCUUCCUCUUCGCAUCUUUGAGCGCCUCAACGUGUUUGUGAACUACGUGGAGCUGGCCAGGGCCACUCACGUCCCAAUCGAGUUCUUCAGCACCAGAGGAGCCAGCGUGAAGGUGCUCUCUUUGCUCUACAAGGAGGCAGCUGCCUCUGGCUACGCAAUUCCAGACAUGGACAGGCAGGAGAACAGCCCCACUUUCGAAGGUGCCUUUGUGAUGGAUCCAAUUCGGGGCUUCUACGACACGCCCAUCGCAGUCCUCGACUUCUGCUCGCUCUAUCCAAGCAUCAUCAUCUCCAAGAACCUCUGCUACACGACACUUCUGCCCAAGAAUGUCUCAAAACACGCCGUGAAACCAGAAGAGGCGUCUCAGUCUCCAAGUGGCGACCAUUUCGUCAAACACGAAGUCAAAGAAGGCCUCCUUCCGAACAUUCUGAGGCGACUGCUUGAAAACAGGAAAAAGACGAAGAAGGCGCUGAAAGAGGCGACUGAGCCGUGGCUACGAAAGUCGCUUGACGGAAGGCAGCUCGCCCUGAAGGUCUGUGCCAACUCGAUCUACGGCUUCACAGGCGCAGCCCUGGGCCAGCUGCCCUGCGUUGAGAUCUCCCAGAGCACCACGGCCUACGGUAGAGAAAUGAUCGCAAAGACGAAGGAAAUGAUCGAAGGCGAUUUCUCGAAGAAGAACGGUUUCUCUCACGACACCGUGGUGAUCUACGGUGACACUGAUUCAGUGAUGCUCAAUUUCAGUGAGCCAGACAGGGCUAUCGUCUUCAAAAUGGCCCAGGAGAUUGCAAUUCGCGUCUCAGACGUCUUCGAGAAGCCAAUCAAACUCGAAUUCGAGAAGGCGUAUCAUCCGUACAUUUUGAUGAACAAGAAGAGAUACGCUGGACUGAUUUACACGAACAGCGAGAAGCCAGAUCGAAUUGACACGAAGGGGAUUGAGACAGUGAGACGAGACAACUGCGAAUUGGUCAAAAAGAUCAUUGAUGGCUGCCUGAAGAUGAUUCUGGAGCAGAGAGACGUCCUGGGGGCAGCCCAGCUUGUUCGAUCAAGCGUAUCCGACCUGUUUUGUGAUCGAGUUGAUCUGAGUCAGCUUGUGAUUUCGAAGACGUACACGAAGGCGAAUUACGCCGUGAAGGUAGCCCACGUGGAACUGGUGAGUCGUCUACGAGAACGAGGCCUCGAAGUUCGAAUUGGUGAUCGAAUUCCAUACGUCAUCGUAUGCAAAGAGAAGAAGAGCAAACUGUACGAGAAGGCAGAGGAUCCAGUCUACGCCUUGGAGCACAACCUGGCAAUUGAUAUCGAAUAUUACAUUGAGAAUCAGUUGAGUAAGCCAAUUAAGAGACUAUUUGAUCCAAUCAUGGACAACGUGGGUGACUUAUUCACGGUGAAGGAGAUCGUGAGGGAGAUAGGCGUAGUUGGGCCAAUGAAUCGGUUUCUGACGAAGGCGGAGCAAUGCAUCGGCUGCAAUAGAACAGGGCGGAUUCUCUGUUCCAGUUGCAUGGAGCUGUUUCCAAAGCAUCUGGCACGGCUUCAGGAAAACUACGACAAAAAGAUCAAAAAGUAUCACGAGUGUUGGACUGAGUGUCAGAGAUGCAUGGGAUCGGUGAUGACUGAGGUGAUUUGUACAAACAGAGACUGUCCGAUAUUCUACAUGCGUAUGAAAGUGAAGAAGGAAUUGGAACCAAUGGAAGAGAAGAUGACCAGGAUGAGGGAAUUGGAUUGGUGA